GUUCAGUCGGACGUGGUGAAGUCGCAGGACGUCCGAUCCCGGUUCUAAUGCGCGUGAUCAGAAAGAUCAAAGACGGCAUCCGAUGUUUGAUCGUUUUUAUUAAGUGUUUCAUCUCGCUUUGAUGUGACCGGUGAGAUCAGACAGGGUCUUUGCCGCAGUCGAUGGACACCAUGCAGGGGGGCCGGGAGGAGCUCGCCCCCGGGGAUCGGUCCUCCGAAGACGACAUGACGGAGGGAGACCUGGGCGACGGGAUGGGCGCCCGGUCUUCGAGGCGCCACGCCAGGACCGCGCCACGCCCCUCACGGAUCCGGAGCGGCGGGGACCUUCUGGAUCUGCUGCCCCUGAUGAAGCUCUGUGGGCAGGUCAGCGAGGGCAGCGGCGCGACCUUCUCCUGGACGUCGUGCAGCGCCAUGUACGGCGCCUUCAGGCAGGAGCUGGACGCCGAGAGGGCCUCGCGGUGGCGGAGGACGGACUCGGAAAGCGGCGCUAGCGAGUCCAGCGAGGUGCUGCAGCGGAGACUACAGGAGGUCACCGAGGAGGUCGAGUUGUUGCGGACGGAGCUGGAGGUCACGCAUCGCCACCUGGAGGGCAAACACGAAGCUCUGAGGAUUUUACAAGGCCAGGCUAUUCUAGACAAAGCCACCAGCCACACCAAGAUCCUGCUGCAGAAGAGCGAGGAGCGGACCAGAGCUCUGGAAAAGGAAGUGAACGCUCUGCAGUGGGAGAUCACCUUCAACCGGGUCCAGUUCAAGAACGUGGAGCAGACGUGGGAGCUGAAACACGACAGGGUGUGUACGGAGAACAAGGCCCUGAGUAAAGCUCUGGAUGAGAGACUGGAGCAGCUACAGGAUGUACGCAGAGAGAACGCGUCUUUGAGUCAGCAGUGUCUGGAGCUGCUGGGAUUGCUGAGCUCUCAGGAGAGAAGGGAUUUUCAGAAGACUCAACCUCCAUCCGGCACCGGCAGAGAGGGAUCUGCACUGGAGCUGGCCGUUUUCGGAGCGUGCCAGUGUAGCUCCAGCGGAGGAGAGCCGUGUCCCUGCGCCAGGAGCGCCGCCGCCAGCCGCAAGCAAGUCCUUCAGCUUCAGCAAGAGCUGGAGCAGCAGAGGAGGAGGAAGGAGGAGGCGUACGUGAUGGUGGACGCCUUCCGAAUCGCCUUCGAGCAGCAGCUGAGGAGGGGGAGCGAGAAGGUGCUGCGGCUGGCCGAGAGCGACCCGCCGCAAACCACGCCGAGACGCUCCAAUCCUGACGGAGGGAGUCACGGCUCGUCCGGUGUGGCUCAGAGGCUGAGAAGGUUUCUGCCGUCCGGCAAAGAUGUCCCAAGUGACACCAAGGGGACCCUCCAACUGCUGCUUGAUCUGCUGAGUGAUAAGGAGGAGGCCUUGGCCCAUCAGAGGAAGGUCAGCUACAUGCUGGCUCGGAGCUCAGAGGAGCUGGAGAAGCGUCUUCAGGCUCAGAUCAAAGACCUGGACGUCUCACAAAGCGAUGCUAAAUCCAGACUGUUCGGUGCUGACCAGGCAGAAUGUAAGACCUGUAAAUCCUCAGCGGACGCCGGACAGGAUGGUCCGGUGUGUUCGAGGUGUAAUGAGCCAUGUUGUACCACAGCGGGCGUCGACCAGGAGGAGGAGACGACGUCAACGGCGGGUGAUGAAAAUGAAGUGAAGUUAAAAUCCCAAAACUGCCACGAUAACCUCAGUGUGGACCAGAGCUCUCGACCAAUCACAGAGCUAGAACUUGAGUAGUAACGCUGCAGGGUCAGUAGACCGGAUCGUUUUGCACUUUUUAUUCAGAUUUUUAUGUUUUUUAUUGUUUUGUUUGUUGUUUUUACAUCAGAAAAUAAACUUAAUUGUUAUUAAUCUGA